AUGUCCAAGAGAACAUCAUACGAACGCUCCGAACUCGGACAUACGACUCUCAAGCGCGCAAAACAGGUAGACGAGGAUCUGCCAUACGAUCAAGUUCAGGAAGCUCUCGGCGCGCAAGAUGAGCUCAAGGACGUGAGUAAAGUAGCGCAUUGGUUCCGUCCCAAAGACCUUCGCAUUCAAGACAAUACCGCGCUGCAUCAUGCUUCCGAGCUUGCCCAAAGCGCGAAGAAACCUUUAGUAUGUUUCUACAUCAACUGCGCUGCGGACGAAUCAUGGCAUGGGACCAGCCCUGCAAGAGUGGACUUUAUGUGUGAGGGGUUGCGCAUCAUGCAGAAAGAGCUGAAGGAAUUGAACAUACCGCUAGUCUUCCUGGAAUGCAAGGACAGAAAGAAGAUUGUGGAAACAGCAGUGGAGUGGUUGAAGAAGCAGGAGGUUUCACAUGUGUUUGGCAACUUCGAAUAUGAGAUUGACGAGAUGCGGAGAGAUCUGAAGCUAUGCAAAACAGCUGGCGACGGUAUCCAAGUCUCGUUGUACCAUGACCAGACAGUUGUCGAACCGGGCACAAUGCUCACAGGCACCGGGACACCGAUGAAGGUCUUUACGCCAUUCUUCAAAGCCUGGCUUGAGAAGCUGAAGGACGAGCCAGAGCUGCUUGAUACCAACCCUCCGCCUGCCGCGAAUCCAUCGUCUGCAAAGAAGGAACUCAAGGAUUUGUUCGAUACACCUGCACCAGAACCAGCAAAAGACAAGCUAUUCGAGUCGGAAGAAGACAAGAAGAGGAUACGAAAAUUGUGGCCUGCCGGUCAUGCUGCGGGAGCAAAACGCAUGGAUGCAUUCCUCAAGCAGAUUGAUCACUACGCCGCCACACGCUCCAAUCCUGCCGCCAACAGCACAUCUCGUAUGUCCGCCUACUUCAGCGCGGGUAUGUUUUCGGUGCGCGAAGCAUUGCAGAAGGUUGUGGAUUACAACCGCGGCAGUACCGACUUCACCGAAGCCAAAGCAUCCAACGGCGUGUACGGCUGGGUCCGAGAAAUCGUCUUUAGAGAAUUGUACAGACAGACUACCCUGACGACACCCCAUACCUCGAUGAAUUUGCCGCAAAAUCUCAAGUUCGACGCAGUAGAAUGGGAAGACGACGAAGAAGGCUGGGAAAAAUGGUACAAAGGCGAAACAGGCGAACCUUUCAUCGACGCCGGAAUGCGCCAACUCAACGCCGAAGCAUACAUGCACAACCGGCUACGUAUGAAUGUCUCUUCCUACCUUUACUGCAACCUCCUCCUCGACUACCGCCGCGGCGAACGAUACUUUGCCGAAACACUCAUCGAUUGGGACCUUUCCAACAACACUCAAGGCUGGGAGCCUUCAUACACCGUCUUCAACCCUGUUUCUCAGGCCGAGAGGAACGAUCCUGAUGGCGAUUACAUUCGGAAAUGGGUGCCGGAACUCAAAGAUGUCCAGGGCAAGGCGGUUUUUGCUCCCUAUGCGAGGUUAUCGAAGAGCGAAUUCGAGAAGUUGGGAUACCCGAAACCGCAUGUGGAUUGGAAGGAGACGAAGGCUAGGGCGUUGGACAGGUUUAAGAGGGGGUUGAGGGACGCGGAUGUUUAG